CGGUGGACUUGGCUUAAUUCUUGCUUGAUCUGGGCAAGGAGGAAGGAGUCGCUGCCCCAGGCAUGAGGUUGUCCGGGCCCCACGCCGCCGCUGCCACCCCCAGAAGCCGCCGAUCCUCUGUGGGAACCCGGUAGUCCCCUCCACCUCACCCCGCUCUAGCCCAGCUCUUGGGCCCCUCUCUGGAUGCGGCAGCGCCUGGGCGCUGUCCGCUCCGUCCGGCUGCCGCGAGCCCCGCCGAGCUUUGGAUGAUGACGAUGAACUCUCUGGCCGAGAGCUUGCUGGGCCCUCCGGACCCGUCCAAGGCGUCCUUCCUGGACUUCGGACUCGGCCCCCCACCUCCCUCUCCGCCUCUCCAUCACCAGCAACAGCAGCAACAGCAACCCGGCUUGGCGCCCCCUUACUCUCUACAAGCGCUGCAGCCGCCGCCGCACGACGGUGGUGGGGGCGGCGCCUUCCCCCCCGGCGCAGCCUCGUACGGCAGACCCCUGGCUUACGCCCCCUACCCCGGGGCAGCCGGCAGCAGCCCCCACCACGCUUUCUACCACCACCACCACCACGGCGCUUCGUACUCGCCUUACCAGCAGACCUCCAGCGCCCUGGGACACGGGACGAGGCUGGAGGAGACGGACCUUGAGAAAUCGACCAUCAUUGAGAAUGGCGAAAUCCGCAUCAAUGGCAAAGGCAAGAAGAUCCGCAAGCCACGAACCAUCUACUCGAGUCUCCAGCUUCAAGCCCUCAACCAGCGCUUCCAGCAAACCCAGUACCUGGCGUUACCCGAGCGAGCGGAGCUAGCAGCGCAGUUGGGCUUGACCCAAACCCAGGUGAAGAUCUGGUUCCAGAAUAAGCGUUCCAAGUUCAAAAAGAUUAUGAAGCAGGGCUCCAGCAUCCAAGAUGAUCACCUCCACAGUUCUUCAUCUUUGUCCCCUUGCUCCCCCAACAUCCCCCCACUCUGGGAUAUCCCCAUGGCAUGCAAAGGCCCUCCCCUGCCUCCCAGCAGUUACAUCAACAGUUUUGGACCUUGGUACCACCAACCGCAGCACCAAGACGCCAUGGGGAGGCCCCCGGUGAUGUGACAAAGGGGGCGCUGGCAGCACCAGCCCAUCCUCGAUGUGUCUCUUCCUCCAAAGUGCUGAUCAGGGUCCCAGGGGACAGGCGAAUGGAGGGCGCGUGGAGUUCGGAGGGAGACGUUGGCUUCUUUGAAGGAAUCACCAGCACUUUUCUCUUGGUGAGAACAUAACCUGGCAGGAGAUGGACUCCGGACGGACAUGUCCAGGGAUCGGAUCUAACAACGAUGGCAGGUUGCGUGAGGCAAAGUUAGGGAAAGAACCCCCCAGCUCCGAAACAUGAACGGAAGGUCAUUUUAAUCGGCGUCUCUUCAUCAGGGAUUUUACAAGAGAGGUGCUUGUGUGUUUUUCGUCCCAAAGAUAGGCUCUCGGGUGACAUGGGCCUUACACCAGAUCUAGUUGUGUUAGUAAGAUGUGUGAGGUUUUGCCAUACUUCCCCCUCUCAUCCAGCAAAGCUUCUGUGCCUUAAGCAGUAUUGAUGGAAGACAGCAAAUAAACAGGUGGUAGUGUUGCUGCUUGGAGGUUCAGUGACGGGGAGGGCUUUAUCUGUUAUAUUUCUGCAUUGUCCUGCAGAGGCUCAUGGCACAGGAGCAUUGCCCAUCUUUACAUUUCUUUCUUUCUUUCUUUCUUUCUUUCUUUCUUUCUUUCUUUCUUUCUUUCUUUCUUGGCAAUCCUAGUUAGUGUAGCAAGGUUUUGAGCUGCACAGAGAUCUACUCCAGGCAAGGAACUGAGAGAAGGAAUGAUUAACUGGUCAAACAGGGGAGAAAGCA